AGAGGCUCAUAGGUCACUGCGCAGUUCAGUUCCGCCGCUCUGGUUGCUGGCGCUGCAGCUGCUGCCGCUGCUUCGCGUGGAAGUCUGAGUUUCCAUUGCAAAAGGAGAAAAGGGGACCGAACCAAGCGGCGAUGACGAAGUCCAGCGGCGACAAGUCCGAGAAAGAACCGUGGCGGGGUUGCUAUUACACGCUCGAGGAAGUCCAGAAACACAAUCAUAGCCAGAGUACUUGGAUUAUUAUACACCGUCGCAUAUACGAUCUCUCAAAGUUUUUAGAAGAACAUCCUGGUGGAGAAGAAGUGCUAAGGGAACAAGCAGGCGGAGAUGCAACAGAAAGUUUUGAAGAUGUUGGACAUUCUACAGAUGCCCGGACAUUGUCAGAAACGUUUAUUAUAGGGGAGCUUCAUCCAGAUGAUUGGGAAAAAGUUGAAAAACCAACGGGCCCUUAUAUUACCACUGUUGAGUCUAACAUCAGUUCAUGGACCAACUGGGUGAUUCCAGCAAUAGCAGCUAUCAUUGUGGCCCUUAUGUAUCGCUUCUACAUAUCGGAGUAAACCCAGUAGUAAGGUGUAAUAAUGGGACACUCUGUUUUGGGCAAGAAAAUGAAAUAUAUACCUAGGGACGCCGCAUCAGGACAGCAUCUUAAAAUCAACUUUAAAGAAGUGUAUUCCUCUUUUUAUCGGAAAUUCAGAAUUAAAUUGUUUUAAUACCAUCCUACAUAAUGCUGCCUUUUUCUAUUUUGUUUUCAAAUACUAAUAUUUUUUUCUUUUAUAUCUUCAUGUCUAUCGUUUAAUCGUAUGAUGCUAAAAUGCUGCUCUUAAAAUUAAGAACACUCACAUAAGUCUUCAGUUUCUUACUAUUUAAAAUUUGUCUGAUUCUUUUUAAUGAUUCUUCUUUAGGCUUCGUUUACAAAAAUAAGUACAUGGAAGAUUGUGUCUGUGCAAAUUUUCCCAUCUUUGCCAUCGCUUAUGUUCUGAUAUAUUUUCUUUGUUGUAUAGCUGUAUUAUUUUUAAAGAGUUCUCAGUAUGGGAAAUGAUAAACACUCAAAAUAAUUUCAAUUUUGUUAAUAAGGAUAUUGCUGUGGAUCCAAAUAUUUCAUUGUGUAAAAUAAAAUACUAAUUAUCCUUAAAUGAUUUGAGAUAGGGAGGAUUUAUAAUAGGCACAAAAUUUUCAGUGGUCUUCAUUGUUUAUAUAAGAUCCAUUGAACUUCAUAAGAAACAAAGGAAAACAAUGGCAGAUAGAGGUAUAUGUGUUAAACAGUAGGUCAUAGGGAACAUUAAUUGAGAGCAAAUCUAGAUCUAAAUAACUUCAUCUUAAAAUGCUUAUGUACUGUGCUGUAUGGUUCUUGGCUGUAUUACGGAUCAUUGAUUUAUUAAAUUGUUGUACAGGUAUGAAACAGCAGGAUAGUGUCCCUUCAAAAACUUGUGCAAGAAAUAAAACAUUUUCUUGUGUCUGUAUACAAAGAAAAAAAAAGUACCAAUGAUUCUAUCUUAUUUGUGUUGCCAGCAAGAAGUUUGGAAAGUCUGUUGUAAAUUAUCCUGGGUAUGGAUUUCAGUUACCUUCCUAAAUAUACUAUGUCAUUAGAGUUCAUAUAUUUAUGUAACUCAUGAUAUAUAAGAUGUUCCUAUAAGAUUUGCCUGCCUUGCAGAAUUCAGUAGCUAAAAGCAACUACCUAAUUUCCAGCACCUAUUCAUGCUCCCUUGGUAAAAUAUUAUAAUUAUAUUACAAAAAUAUUGACACUUAUCCUAGGCCCAUUUCCCAUUUGCUGCAUGUUGACGGAGUUUAGCCCACAUCCCUGAAUUACUUUUCUCAAUGGCUUCAUGUAAGUGUUAAAGAGCAUGGACAAUAAAAUGGAUUCCUGAAGGACUCCAUGGAUUCCUGAAGGACACACCAUGUCACUCAACCUCAAUGAGACAGAAGAAUACUCCCGAAGACCAUGUUUUGGAAGUGGCCUUCCUAGUAGGAGUAGAAUCACCAUUCUACGGUAUCCCCAUAACCCAACAUUGACACACUAUCCAAGAGGUAACCAUGGUUGAUAGUAUCAAAAAACUCUGGGAGAUCCAGGUGGCCCAAAAGAGUCAUAUUCUCCCUACCUUUUUCCUGCUACAGGUUAUCCCACGGGGUGACCAAGAUGAUUUCUAUUCUAUAAACAUCCCUAAAACUGAAUUAACAUGGAUCUAGAAAAUCAUUUUCAUACAAUAGAGCCUUGAAUUGAUCAUUAGAAUAGUUAAUAAUUAAACAAAUAUAAAUGAUAUUAGGUUUUGAAAAUGUCAAAUGAUUAUAUUGGUCUGUUCUUCUAAACGCUGGUAGAAUUUGUUUGAAAUAAGAGAGUUGGAAGGAACCUUGGAGGUCUUCUAGUCCAAUCCCCUGCUCAAGCAAAAGAUCCUAUACCAUUUCAGACAAAUGGUUCUCUUAAUCUCUCCUUAAAAAUCUCCAGUAAUGGAACACCACAACUUCUGAAAGCAAGCCGCUCCACUGUUUAAUAGUUCUGUCAGGAAAUUUCUCCUAAUUUCUAGGUUGGUUCUCUCCUUGAUUGGUUUCCAUCCAUUGCUUCUAGUCUUACCUUCAGGUACUUUGAAGAGGGUUGACCCCCUCUUCUUUGUGGCUGUCCCUUAGGUAUUGGAACAUUGCUAUCAUGUCACUCUAGUCCUCCUUUUCAUUAAACUAGAUAUACCCAAUUCCUGCAACCGUUCUUCAUGUUUUAGCCUCCAGUCGCCUAAUCAUCUUGUUGCUCUUCUCUGCACUCUUUAUAGAGUCUCAACAUCUUUUAUGAAUGAAGGCAAAUACAUGUGUCCUAGGAUAAUGUUGCAGGAUCCAAUCUGGGUUGGUCACUGGGGCCAGAGGUUUAGUCUUCCUAGCUUUUGGACCCCUGCUGGAGCCCAUCCUCUGGGAACGUCUCUACGGGAACCUUCAUUUAUCUGAAAGCUCAGAAGAUUAAACCUAUGAUCCAGGUGACCAACCCAGAUUGGAUUCAACAUCUUUUUAUAACGUGGCAACCAAAACUGGAUGCAAUAUUCCAAGUGUGAUCUUACUAAGGCAUUAUAAAGUGAUACUAACACUUCAUGUGAUCUUGAUUCUAUCCCUCUAUUAAUGUAGCCUAGGACUGCAUUGGGUUUUUUGGUGGCUACAGCAUACUCCUGACUCAUGUUUAAGUGAUUGUCCCUUGACACUAGGACAAAUGAAAGUUAUUAAAAGUUGUAAAAAUGAGUAAAAAUUAAUACAAACUAAAAUUGAGUAAGAAGGAAAAAAGGAAUAAAUAAAUAAGAGAGAAAGCUAAAGUGCCAAAAGGAAAAAAAAAAGCUGGAUGAAAACUAGAAUAUAUAUAUAAAAAAAGAAAUGGCUUCUGAUCUUUGCAGUAGUUGUAAGUACAAUUGUAGAUUUCUUCCUUUCUCUAAAGUUUUAUCAUGAUUCUUCUUUUUAUAAUCUGUCCUAUCUAAUUGUCAAAACCAUAGAACAUAAGUUCAUUUUUUCCCUUUUUAAUGCAAAAAGUCCAUAAGGAGUUUCCAGUCAUCAAUAUACAUCUUUCCUCUAAUCAAACAAUUUGGCCAUCUCAACAAGCUCUGUUAUCUUCACCAACUACUCCUGUAAUAAGCUUGCCAAAUCUUUCCAUCUUUCUCUAUACAAUAAUCUUGCUUUAGUUAUAUAUAAAAACAAAGUUCCAUGAAAUUGUAUUUUAAAAAGCUUUAAGCAAUAUUAAAAAUGUAAUUCAUGACAGCAGGGAAUUGCUACUUUAUUGUUCCGUAUAAUUCAAUAACUGAUAUUUUAAAUGUAAAUGUUCUAAAUAUUUGAGUUUAUAAUGACUAUAAUUUGAAUGAAAGUAUCCAUAAAUUUGUUAUCUUGGGCAACAAAAAGAUAUCUGGAUUUUUUUAAAUUGCAAUUUGUAGGACUAAAAGUAAAACAAGUGAAGGAAGGAAAAUGCUUUUCUGUAAAACUAGAUUUAAAUAAUUGGAUACUUUUCUUCUUUUAAAAGACACAAAUACUUGGUUAAUUUUAAGGUUUGAUAAUGCUAUGAACUGACAACUUUUCAAAUAUUGUAAUGUCAUCAUGUAAUUUCAUGAUUGCUCUUGCUACUUACAGGUUACUUUUUCUUUCUGAAAAUUAAAGGUGUUAUUAAUUCCAAGAAUAUGAUUGCUAAUGAGAGUCUGUAUAUGACUGUGGCAGGUUAUAACUGAUACUGUAUAUAUAAAAAAUAAAUACAAUUGCUGAAGUUGA